CUGGUCCUCUUUAUCUUUGUGGCCAGUCGGCCACCAAACUCUGGCAUUUAACUUUCGACGAUUUGUCCUCCUCAGACAGGACGCGCUUUUCUUGUGAAUGUGUUCGGUUGUCAAAAACAGCCAGAGGAAGAUGCAAUCGCUAUGACCAAAGAUAGGAUUAACGCCCUUCAAUCUAUUUUACAACAAAGAGCUGAACGAGGGGAAGAUGACGAAAUCGGAGAGGGAGUUGAAAAUAUCGCUCUUCAGAUCGAAGAUGAAAACGCCGGUUACAUGGAACACUUUUUUAAAGAGAUGGAACAAACACGAGGAUGGAUAGACGAAAUAAAUGAUCACAUCACGAUAAUCAAGACUCUACACUCUUCUCUACUUUCUUCACCACGCCCUGACGAAGGUAUAAAACAAGAAAUAGAAUCAAGGACAGCACAGGUGAAACAACUUGGUAAAAAAGUUAGCGUUAAUCUUAAAGCUCUUGAGAAAGGUAUUCGCCAGGAAGAAGAAGAAAUAGAGACAAACGGCAGGAUGCCCGCCGGCUUGAGGAUCCGUCGUACCCAGCAUUCGGCAACGUUACACCUUUUUAUGGAAGCUAUGUGUGUUUUUAAUUCUGAACAAGUCGACUACAGAGAAAAAUGUACAGAAAGAAUUCAUCGAGUUAUAUCGAUAGCCAAAGCUGUCGUCCCAGAGGAAAAAAUCGAAGAGUUACUCGAUCAAGGGAACUAUGGCCCAAUUUUUAAUGGAGAUAUAAUCACAGAGACGAAGGAAGCUAGAAAAGCACUAGAAGAUGUUCAAGCACGGCAUCAAGAACUUCUUAGUCUUGAAAAAUCAAUCCAGGAUUUGAGAGAUCUCUUUUUGGAAAUGGCUCUGCUUGUUGACCAGCAGGGUGACUUGAUUAACCACAUUGAAAACCAUGUUUUACAAGCUGUGGAUCAUGUUGAGCUUGCCCAACAGGAGACGAAAAAAGCAAUAAAAAUGAAGCGAAAAGCAAAUAAGAAAUUGAUCAUUAUUAUAAUAAUUCUUGCAUUGAUUUUACUUGCUGUGAUAAUUACGUUGGUGAGUUGGCCUAAGUCUGCAUGACAGGGAGCAAGAAUGGCCACAACUGUGAAAAAAUCUUUAUUGAAAGUUUCAUCAGAUCAUAGUUUUAUUGAUCAAACGUGUUGUGAUUAUACCAGAGUGGUGCACUAGUCAUUACAUUUACCGUGGAGAAAAAAGUUAGCAAUAUAAUUUAAAUAAUUAAAUUAUUUUGCUUUGUAAAUUCAUUAAAUACGAAUUUUAAACAUUUGUACAUACAUUGUGUCACAAUAAAAUUUUUAAUAAAAGACAGUUUCUAUUGUGUGGUAAAAUUUAAUAAACCACAUUGUAAAACAUGUAUUCUUUCUUCAAUAUAGAAUUGUAGAAAAACUUUGUCAC